CGGUGGAGGGAGUUUCGGUGACAGUGGUGGAAAGUGGCAGCUCUGACCACAUUCCUACACCACCAUCCCACCCCUGCUGCCUGCACAAUUUCUUCCCCUACUUUAUUGCAAAAAACCAAAUCCCACACCUUCUCUUUCCCCUUCCUUUCUCUCUCCCUCCUCCUGCCUGUCGCCGAUCCCUCUUUCUCUCUCUUCGUCCCAAGCCCCAAUUGCCUCCUGCAGUCUUCGUACUUGCCCCCAGAGAGAGACAAUGGAGAAAGAGAGAUGGGUUCUUGGGAGUUGGGAGUGAGAACCACAUGAUGCCAUUACCACCAUCUCUCUCUUUUCUUUUUGUUGGCAUAUUCUUCUCCUCCGGUUGUCUAGAUCCUUCGUUCUUCAGUCCUGCUUGGCUUCCAAGCUGACCAACAACUCCAAGAUUGCUGACCGGGGAGCAUUUCUUCAAUCGAAGCCUCUCUGAUCAGCUCAUUUGUCUGCCUGAUUCCAGUGCCAGUUCCAUCGGAUUUUGAUGCAAAAGAAAGGGGGAUCGGUAGGUUCUAAUUUUGUGACUGGUUGUUGGAGAGCAGAAGGCGCAAUUUCUUGGGGGUGUAUCCCUCCCUUUUAGCCAAAUUGGGGGCAAUUUCAGCCAAUUUGGUAGGAACCAAUAAAACCCCUUCGGAGGAUUUGUCAUGUGCAUGUUCCAUGAUUAGGAUCUGUAGCAGGAUAGUGUCUACUCUCUGGAAGUUUAGUGCAAAUUGUUACCAGUUUCAGUCAACUUUAAUCGGGACCAGAAAUUACCAAUUUGGAAUUUUCAGUUGGGCUGCAGUGUGCAUUCUUCCAAGGUCAUCAGUGGGGAAUUCGUUCGCGUUGGUGGCAGAUGGGUUGCUCGCACUCUAAAGUGGAGAAUGAGGAGCCCGUGAGGAGGUGCAAGGAUAGGAGGCAGCUCAUGAAGCAGCUAGUGCGCCGACGUCCUGAGCUUGCAGCUGCGCACAUUGCAUACCUGCAUGCCCUCCGCAACACAGGAGCUACUCUCAGGCAGUUUGCUGAGGUGGAGUCUGCAGUGUCACAGCAGCCUCCUGUAGGCCUUGCGGUGCCCCCGUCGCCUCCUCCACCACCACCGCCACCUCCUCCUGAACCAUCGGUGACAUCCUCAAUGCCACCCUCGCCACGCCCCCCGCCACCUCUGCCAUUUAGUCCAAUAACCACAAGAAAGAUGGAGAAGAGGGAUGAUGAGCUCCCCCUACCACUUCUGUCUUUUAGUCCAAUAAUAACGAUAAGAAAGAUGGAGAAGAGGAAUGAUGAGCUCCAUGGGGAUGAUUCUAUGGAUGAGGAUGAUGAUGACACUGACAGCUGCUCAACUCCUCUACCACCACCCCCGCCACCCGGUGUACCAUUGGAGUACCUGGAUCCUUUCAAUGUGCGCCCCUUGAAUUUCCCAUCUCCAUUUGCUGAUAGGAACGAUAAAGAAAUGGCCUCACAUGUUACCAUGGACGAUGAUAAUUGGGUGGAGACCAACACAGAAUUUGAUGGAGAGGAGGAUGAAAGGGUGCUUGGCAACGAUGAUAGCAUCGUGAGCAGGGUGGAGUUGAAUCCAGCAAAGAGUAGGGCUCUUGGUGAUGAGAACUCGUCAAUGGUGAGCUGGGUGACAAAGGAUUCAGAUUCCUCGGUGGUGGCUUGGAGGAGUAAGAAGUCACUUGCAGUGAUUGCUAAGGAGAUUGAUGAGUACUUCUUGAAAGCAGCAGCAAGUGGGAACGAUGUUGUCAUUCUUUUGGACUCUUCUGGUGGCCGGCCAGAUCCCUUGGAUUUAGAGGCAAAGAAAGGUGCAGGAAAAAAUUCCAAAUCUGCAAAGGUUUUCUCCACGCUUUCUUGGAGCUGGUCAUUCAAAUCACAGCAGGCUAACAGUGAAUCCUCAAUUCUGAAUUCUAGUGAUGCCUCUGGAUAUGGUUACCAUGGCAAAACGCUAGAGAAGAUUUAUGACGAGGAGCAAAAACUCUACAAGUUAGUCAAGGACGAAGAAUUUGCAAGGCUCCAGUAUAAAAAGUAUGCUUCAUUGCUACAAAAGCUAGAAUCAGGGGAGCAUGAUAAGCUGCAUGCAGAGAGAGUUCGGGAUACUAUUGAGGAAUUGCAAACUCGGAUAAUCUCGUUGGUGGAAGCUGUGAAUUUGACAUAUUUGUCCAUAUCAGAGCUCAGAGAUGAGGAGUUAUAUCCUCAGAUUAUUGAAUUAUCUGCAGGGCUUGUGCAUAUGUGGAGAAACAUGUACGAGUGCCAUCAGGUUCAGAACCAUAUUGCCCAUCAAGCUAGUCUCCUAGGCAACAGACCUGGGAGUGAGCCGACAAGUGACUCUCAUUACCACGCAACAUCUCAGCUGGAAGUUGAAGUCUCUGGAUGGCACAGUUCCUUCUGUAAUCUCAUCACAUUGCAGCGUGAGUAUGUAAGCAUCCUUAACCAAUGGAUUAAACUCACUGACUGCCUUCCUGAUAAUGAUGGCUUCAUGAGAAGUUCAUCUGGAAUCUGUAGCUUCUCUGAGGAGCUCCAGCGUGUGCUUGAGAGGUUACCCGAGAAGGUAGCAGCAGAAGCAAUAAAGACUUUUAUUUCAGUCAUACACUCUAUAAUUCUACAACAGAGUGAAGAGCGCCAGCUGAAGAAAAAGUCAGAGAACAUGGAAAGAAAAUUCCAGACCCAGUUAGAGAAACACAGUGAAAAUGCAAUGCAAAACUCAGCCCAGCCUCCACAUAAGAAUCACUAUUCAGUGUCAAAAAAUGAAACUAAACUGGACGCAUUUAGAAAACAAGUUGAGGAGGAGAAGGCCAGAUAUCUAAACUCUGUGAGAACCAGCCGAACCAUGACGCUGAACAAUCUGCAGACGAGCCUUCCGAAUGUGUUUCAUGCUCUGAUGGGGUUCUCAGGAGUGUGCGUCCAGGCAUUUGAAGGUAUCAGCACAUGCAGUUAAGUUGUUAUUAGCCACUCGGGAGCAGUUUCGCCUGCCAUUUGCUCGUGACCCUUGCUUCGAUGGCUGUGAUUAUUUAUUGUAAGUAGGAAAAGUAUAAACUGGUUCCACGUGAAUACACCUCCCUUCAAAUUUCUAGAAGUUGUUUAAAUAGUUUUGGGGGAUGAUUUUAAGUCAGUACAGGCAUAUUAGUCUUAAAUAGAUCACGAAGUCCCAGUUUGAGAAGAGGUGGAUACCUAUGAGGUUAGUGGUAGAAAUAUGAAGUAUCAUAAUUCAAAUAUGUGGCUGGAAAGGAUUCAUGUAGUCUUUAACAGCAUGUUCUCACGAUAUGAUGAUCCUAUACAUCUCAAUUUAUCUCCA